AUGACAGUAUGGAACUUGCUCCUUGUGUUUAACGCGGCAGUUGCGGAGACGCGAAUUACUCUCGGUACACGGCAGGCAUCUACCGUAACCGUCGACCUUACGAAGACGUACCAGACCAUGGAUGGCUUUGGUAUGAGCGAGACUUUCCAGCGUGCCAACCAGAUGAAAGCUCUCUCGGAGCCUCUGCAACGCUAUGCGCUUGACUUACUCUUCAAUCGCACAUCCGGCGCCGGCUUCUCUAUACUCAGGAACGGCAUCGGCUCGUCCCCAGAUUCAAGCAGUGACCACAUGGUCAGUAUCCAGCCCAAGAAUCCUGGAGGCCCAAAUGCAGCGCCAAAAUACGUUUGGGAUGGCAACGAUAACUCUCAAGUGUGGGUUACCACUGAAGCAGUCAAAACCUACGGUGUAAGAACCGUCUACGCAAACGCGUGGUCUGCACCUGGGUACAUGAAAACGAACAACAACGACGCGAAUGGAGGAUCGCUCUGCGGGGUGUCCGGAGCAAGCUGUUCAAGCGGUGACUGGAAGCAGGCGUAUGCGAACUAUCUAGUCCAAUAUAUUGCAUACUACAAAGAGAUAGGCGUUGAGGUCACACAUGUAGGGUUUCUGAAUGAGCCGGAUUUGACGACAAGCUAUGCGAGUAUGCGAAGCAAUGGGCAACAGGCGGCAGACUUCGUCAAGGUAUUGAGGCCAACAAUAGACAAGGCAAACUACACAAAUGUAAAAGUCACAUGUUGUGAUACAGAAGGCUGGAGCAGUCAACAGGGAAUGAUGUCUGCCUUGAGCGGCGUGAGCAGUAUGCUAGGCACAAUCACGGCGCACUCCUACACCUCCCAACCUGGAAGUCCAAUAAACACCCCCCACCGCGUCUGGCAAACCGAAAACGCCGACCUGCAAGGCCCUUGGGCAACAGCUUUCUACUCUAAUAACGGCGCCGGCGAAGGCUUAAAUUGGGCGAACAAAAUCUACGACGCCGUCACUCGUGCCAAUGCAUCAGCCUAUCUGUACUGGAUCGGAGUGCAAGGCGGCGCCACAAACUCGAAGCUCAUCCGUAUCUCUGAUGACAAGAAGCAAAUCAUACCCAGCAAGCGUCUCUGGGCCUUUGCCAAUUGGAGUAGACAUGUACAGCCAGGUGCUGUGAGGGUAGCGGCGAGUGGUGGCCCGAAUGGGAGCAAGGUUAGUGCGUUCAAGAACGUGGAUGGGACGAUUGCAAUCCAGGUGAUCCAAGGCGGGACCGGGCCUGGUGCGGUGACGAUUAAGGUGAAUGGCUUUACGGCGAAUGCGGCAAAGGCGUGGAUUACGGAUAACAGCCAUGACUGUGAAGAGCAAACUGCGACGCUGGCAGCGGAUGGAGGGAGUGUUAGUGCGCAGGUCCCGGGGCGUAGCAUGCUGACAUUUGUGUUGGAGCCCGCUGCGUGA